UUUUCUUCAUACAUCCCGAAUAAAUUUGGGAUGCAGAAUCGGUCUUAAAAAAUUCAAAUUUAUCAUCCUUUUAGACAAUGAUCAAAAUUUUCAAAAACCUCCCAGGCGAGGGCCGAUGCCUUGCAAGGGAAUUUCAGACGCGACCAAAAAUCUACCAGGAACCCGGCGUCUUCGUCCAUCCGGAACUUCGUCGCAGCAUCCCCCUUGUUUACUUCCGCAGAGGUGACUUGCCGCAGAAAUUGGAUCUGAAAUUGCAUUCCAGCCCAAACUGUGAAAUAUCCCCUUUGGAAAGAAAUAAACGGUGCAAGGAGUACUUCCGCCAGUUUUGCAGAAGGCAGCACAGCUGCUUUUCUCGAACUUACCAUUGGUCCGAGUUUCGGCGAAAGAUGAUCUACGGCAGUUACUAGCAAGGACUUCCAAAACGGCGUCCCCUUCAAAUUCCAUUUACAUCAGAUUUUCGUGGCCGCUUUGUGGCUUAAAAAGUAUUUUGUUUUGAUCGGGCUCAAAAGCCCGUAUCAUAACAAAUUACUUUUUAAGCAACGAAGCAUUAAAAUCUAUAAACUGCAUCGUUAAGUUUAAAAAUAAAAUUCAGGAUAAAUUUAUAAAAUUGUAUG